GACAUAGAUGUUCUCGUUGAAGGCAGAGAGCGACGCUGCUGUUCCCGCGACAUCAUCAUCCCACACGAGCGGAGGAGCUCCACGGUGCGAGCCUCACACGCGCACACACACACACACGCGCGCGCGCGCGCACGCGCACAGACACGCACGCGCGCGCAGUCCUGCACAGUGGAGCAUCCACAGGCGGCGGUGCUCGUCCCUGCCACCGGAGCUCAGGAGGACGGACGGCGAACCGUCUUCACCGGGACUCCACCGUGAAGGAGAGAGCGCGCAUCCUCUUCGUCUUCUUCUUUUCUUCUCCUUCUUCUCUCCGGAGGUGGUGGUCAUCAUGCCCCCGCCUCCCAGCCUCCGGGCCGAUGGCAUCUAUGGACCGAUCAACGGCAGCGCGUUGAGGCUGUGAGCGAUGCAGUCUCUGUUCGGCGGAGGGGAGCUGGAGCUGCUGGGCGGCGGCGGCGGCGACGGGGGCCUGAAGGACGAUGGCUGCGGCAGCGUGGCGUGGCGCUCCUCGCCGCUGCCGCCCGAAGACGUCUACUCGGCCUCCCACUUUGCCCUCAUCACGGCCUAUCAGGACAUCAAGACGCGGCUGGUCUGCCUGGAGCGGGAGAACACCAGCAUCAAGAGGAAGCUCAAGAUCUACGAGAUCAAGUUCCCCAUGAUCAACGAGUUCGGGGAGGACACCAACUCGUACUGCUCGUUCGAGAGCAAGGAGACGGCGCUGCUGCACUCGGAGAAUGGAAACCUGCAGCAGAGAGUCAACGUCCUGACCCACGAGCUCCAGAAGAGGAAGGAGCGCGAGGAGCAGCUGGAGGACGUGAUCCAGGCCUACGAGAAGAUUCACAUGGAGAAGAGCAACCUCCAGAGGGACCUGGACAAGAUGUCGAGCCUGGUGGAGAAGCACGUGGAGCGAAUCCUGAACCUGGAGUCGGCGCUGAGGCAGCGAGAGAACUCGCUGCAGAAACUCAACAUCCAGCUGCACAGCAAGGACAUACAGUACCUGCAGCUGCACGCCGGCCCGGACGCCCACUUGCUGGACUGUCCAGCCCUGACCCUGCAGAGCUCGCGCAGCCUGGACGCCCUGUCCGACCUGAAGCUGCAGCGGCUGGAGGCCGAGCUGGAGGGGGCGCGGCACGAGGCCCAGGGGGCUUGUCAGCGGGAGGACGAGCUGAAGGCCGAGUGCGAGAGGCUGAAGGAGGAGAUGAGACAGCUGCAGAAAGGCCAGAGGGAGCGGGAAAUGACUUCGCCGUGCAAGCAGUGCGAUGUGGAGUGGAUAAAGAAGGUGGGAGACGAGCAGGUGAAUCUGGCUCUGGCCUACACGGAGCUGACGGAGGAGCUGGGGCGCCUCCAAGCGCUGAGCUCCAAGCAGAUGGAGAUCCUGAGGAAAGCCUCGCAGGAGCAGGCGAGUCCAGUUCAACGCCACUCUCCCAUCCACCACCAGCGCCACUCCCCAGUAACCCAGCGCCACUCGCCCAUCUCCCAGCGCCACUCUCCAGUCCCGCCUCCGCCGCACCACUCCCCGAUCCAGCAGAGGCGCUCGCCGGUGCUGCAGCGCCUCUCGCCGGACAUGCACCGCCGCUCGCCCCUGCUGGACGUCAACAGCGGGCCGGCCUCUUACUCCUGCCGGCCGCCCAGCCAGCACCUGAGGGCCAGCUUCCAGGGCCGGCGGAGUUACUCCGAGGUUGCCGACCCCUCGGCCUACCACUGCCCGCCCCGCUUCUCGCUGGACCCCGUCGCCACCCUGCCUAAGCCCCGGCCUUACGUUGACGGCUACGCUAAGCAACAGGCCCAACACGUGGGCUCUCCUCACGGAGGACUGCAGCACAGGGGCUCCCCGUCUCACCAUCAAGGUGGUGCAGGAGGAGACGGGGGCCUCGGGGAGGGCUCCAUGCGCCACUCCAGAGAGAUGCCAUUCCCACUUUCUGAGGUGGCCCACCUUCACUUUGAGCCCCCUCCUCCUUCCACACCGGCCCCCCAGCCCACGCAGUCCUCUGAAGAUGAGGAGGAGUGGACCUGCCCACAUCCCAUCAGCCCGCCACGGACUCUGGGAGUGCUUUCUGCGGCAGCGCCCAGCGGCGUCAUGAGAGGCCCGGCGUCCUGCUCCGCCUUCCCCAUCCCUCAGAGGCCGAACACCCUCAGCUGCCACCCGCAGUCGGGCUACAUGUCGGCAGAGCACGCCCAGUCCUGGCCUUCGAUCAACCUCUGGAUGGAGACUGAGGAGAGCGACAUGCGGAGCUGCCCUCUCUGCCAGCUGAUAUUUCCUGUCGGUUACCCUGACGAUGCCCUCAUCAAGCACAUCGACUCCCACCUGGAGAACAGCAAGAUCUGAUUGCCAUGGCAACCAGCGCGCACACACACACACACACACACACACACACACACACACACACACACACACACACACACACACACACACACACACACACACACACACACACACACACACACACACACACACACACACACACACACACACACACACACACACACACACAUCUGCGCUCUCCUCUCCUCUUACGUAGAUUAUGUAAGAGAUUGGCAGAUCUGGGGUAAAAUGGAAAGUCAACAUUAGAAUCUCAGGCGAUCCAUUUGGAGCCAAGUCAGCCGUGUGUGGAAGUCUGUAGGGGGCGAUGCCGAAUGGCACAGGGGCCCAUUUUACUGAAACAUGGGUCCGUCUUGGAUUUAUGAGUCCACAGGCAGAGCCGUCUGCUGGCCUGCCCGACGACAGCUCGGCCUGCGUCGUCACCGGCUCUGGUUUGCUGCCGUUUUGUUGUGCGAGUCUCUGUCGUGUGGUUUCAGACAGUUUCAGGUAUCGUGUUCGUUUAUUCCUCAUCACAGUUCAGGAGCUCUGCAUGUCAAAGAGUUUCAGCGUUCAAGAGCGAAAAGAUCAGGGAGAUCUGAGGCUUUCUUUUUUUUUUUUUCUAUUUUCACCACUCAGCUUUAAAUACUGUUCACCGGCUUGGAAAUGUCACACACACACACACACACACACACACACACACACACACACACACACACACACACACACACACACACACACACACACACACACACACACACACACACACACACACACACACACACACACACACACACACACACACACACACACACACACACACACACGUACUACGGUAUGGUUUUUUUUCUUCCUUAUCAAAACGAUCCAAUGGAUAUUCGGUACGUAUCUGACAGCGAUGAGUCAUAUGAACAAAGAAGUUUUGAGACGGAUGUAUAGAGAGAAUGACACCGGAUGAUCGAUCAGGAGCUCGUCGCCGGGUUCACUUUUUCUACAAACGCAAGAGGUCAAUGUUUCCGUGGUUCAGUUGAGAACGUAUGAAACAGGAAAAAAAACAUUCCAGUCUCACAUUUCAUUCGACUGACAAGCUGGAGAAUACGAAUGUGAGAGUCGGGUGCGAUCGGCCUGAAGGCCUCGCUGAGGUUUGAUGAUGCCCUGCAGGCCGGGGCACCGACGCUGUUGUUGUUGCUGCGUCUCCUCUAUACGAGUGGAGGGCAAUUUUAGUCAGAAUAUACCUUUAUGCUUGCAGCCUGGUCCAAAAAAAUCUAAGUAUCGUAGGACUUUAAGUUAGCAUAGCCUAAAUAUUAAAUAUAUUUGUUUUCAGUCCCCCCCCCCCACACACACACAUACAUAUAGAUAGAUAUUCCAUGUAUAAUUUACUCUUUAUAAUGUCUAUCUGGAAGGCAAAAAAAUAUGAGGAUUUAUUUUUGCAAAUGUCGAUGCAUCACACGCCUCCUGUCGGUGAUGGACAGCAUGUGGAGGGUUGGAAGGUGGAAGUCCCGCUGCAUGGGACGCUUCUCUGUACAAAGACUUUACAAAGUGUCAACUGGGAUUCUCUCCUCGGUCUUCCUCUAAGAUCUGGAGCAACAGCUUGAUGUCACGACCGCCCAGACCGCCCGACAAAAAAGAAAAAGAAGAAGGAAAGAACACAACCAUGAGAUCAAGACGUGUGAGGCUUUUUAAGUGUUCUGUAUUUCUAUCUGGGAGGUCGACGCUCUUCUUUUGAUACGUGGGUUUGAUUCUGUUUCUUUUCUCUUCUUUUUUCUUUUUCUAUCACGAGUGGGAAUCUUGACUCGAGAUCUUGCUCGUGGAACUUGAACUUCUAUUUUGACAAAAAAAAAAAGGAAAAAACACAAAGUUACACUGAUGUCAGCUAAUCUGAGGCUCUCGGUUACAUGUGCAGUUUCUAACGUAGGGGAUGUCCCACACACACACACACACACACACACACACACACACACACACACACACACACACACACACACACACACACACACACACACACACACACACACACACACACACACACACACACACACACACACACACACACACACACACACACACACACACACACACACACACACACACACACACACAAAAGCCGGUUUGCUGCAGAAGAGAUGAAAUGUGGCGAUUAGAGCACGAAGUGGCUGCGGCAGCAGGAUGAUGCAGGACCACAGGAUUCUGAAGUCUUUGCGUCAGUUAAUUUCAACCCUAACACUGUUAUAAUUAACACCGAGGUCCCGGCAGGCUUCGUUUCAGGCUUUCACUUCCCUACGAAGGUCUAAAAAACAAAAACAAAGGAUAAUUCCGGUGUAUUACCACUUGGACCUUAUUGCAGAACGUUUGGACACGGGUUUGUACGAACUUUCUGAGUCAGACGAAUAAGGGAUUUGCCUCUUGCUGGCAGUUAAUGCCUCACAUUUUAUUUGUAGACAACCCUCGGUCUUAUGCGGAGCAGUUUAUACUCGAGUCACGACAGCGUCCUCCAUUUUGGUUUCUUUGGCUCUCCGUUCCCUGAACGCCCCCCCCCCCC